AUGUCACAAGCCCGAGUAUAUAGGCGAUUGCCCAGUGUUGCCCAGUCUACCGAGUACGUUUUUUCCGACUUUUUGUUGAAGGACCCCACGGAGGAGAAGUACAAAGGGAUGCGUCUGGAGCUGGCGGUGGACAAAAUAGUGACGUUUCUCGCCGUGGGGUUGCCUUUGUUCCUCAUCUCGCUCGCUUUUGCUCAAGAGGUGUCAGUUGGUACUCAGAUCAGCUGCUUCGCCCCCACCAACUUCUCUUGGAGACAGGCUGCAUAUGUGGAUUCAUUUUGUUGGGCAGCUGUACAGCAACAAGCUGACAGUUCACCACUAUGGCUGCACAAGUUCUUCCCAUACAUCCUGCUCUUACUGGCCAUCCUCUUAUACAUCCCGGCCCUGCUCUGGCGUUUCACUGCAGCCCCGCACCUCUCCUCGGAUCUUAACUUCAUUAUGGAGGAAUUGGAUCGCUUUUAUAAUCGUGCCAUCAGACUAGCCAAGAAUCUAGCAUCCUUAGACAACAAAGAUGCACCUGAGGACACCCAGAGCGCUUUGGACCUAACAGAGGGUUGCUUCAAAUACCCUUUAGUGGAGCAGUAUCUCAAGACCAAGCGCUUCUCCCACUGCCUGGUGGUCAAGUAUCUAGUAUGUCGGAGCCUGACUCUACUGAUCCUGCUGCUGGCCUGCAUCUAUCUCGGCUACUACAUCCGCCUGGCCUCUCUCACUGAUGAGUUUCCAUGUGACCUGCGUACAGGGGUGCUCAAGAAUGACAGUAUGGUGCCAGCCGCUGUGCAGUGUAAGCUUGUGGCGGUGGGUGUAUUCCGGCUGCUCAGCUACAUUAACCUGGGGGUGUAUGUGCUUCUUGUUCCGCUGGUGGUGUAUGCUGCUCUUGGACCAGCUCACCAGAGCUCUGGUUUUCUUCGGCCAUACGAGCUACUGCCGGGCUUCAGUGCUCUGGGUGUUGUCACACCUGUUUACAACGACCUCAGUAUCUAUCUGCUGUUCCUGGAGGAGAACCUGAGCGAGCUCAAGUCAUUCAAGUGCCUGCAGGUGCUCGAGUUGUUGCAAGAGGCUGGAGAUGAGGGGUUUGACACCAUGUGCCUCCUGCGGACUCUGGGUCAGGUGAAGACUGACGUGUUGGACAGUAAGAAGACGUGCUCACGCAAGAACAACAAAGGAACUACUAAAGCUGAAGAAUAAUCCCUCUGAGGUCAGGAGGAACCUUUUUGACUAUGAAGCUGAAGUGAAACAAAGUCAUUAUGUGUCAUAUUAACCUUCAGUGUGUUUUAUUUUACUCAAGAUAUCACUGCCUCACUACUCAUGAAUGAAUAGCUGGCCUGAUGAGGAUAAGUAGGCCUACUGUUAUUGUGGAAAAGAAGAAAUGGGAUAGAUGUACUGUAAGCACCUACCUUUGUCUGAAUUUGUGUUGGCAGAACACAGGGGGAUACUUAAUUGCAGUUAUAUAGUUUGGCCAGUGAACCCUUUACCUCUCAGAUGUUUAAUUUUUGUGUGUGAAAACGUGACAAGUAUAUAGGCCUGAAGCGAUAUGCUGCUAACUCCUGACCUUUUAUCCUUUUAUUUAUUUAAAAAAAAGAUGAAAAUCCUGUUUCUGUUUUUUUUCUGGACGGAAUAUAUUGUUUUCCUCAGUAUUCUAAAUUACCACCCGCACUGAAACAUCAUUUUAGGUACAAGCCAUGUUAAAAUGAAACUGUUAAUUCAUUUUUCAGGUGUAAGAGUUUAUUUUUUUGCCCUUUAAGAAUGAGUGACGUUGAAUUUUCUGAAUAUAGAAUUGAGGUGUACUGAGAGUUGAGUCUAGGUAAUAAAGACGUAGUGAUUGGAGCAAGUUUUUUCUACUUUCAAUUUAGGAAUGAAGCAGACAGGGAUGGUUAGGGAUGGCAAGAACCCCUAGAGCGACUUUGUCCAGAUUUUCUGAUUGUUUGUCUGUAAAUGGCUUUUGAAAACCGCUGUUCACUGUUUAUUCAUGUCGAUAGUUAAGAAGGCCAUGGGUUUUCUGAACUGAUGGAAUGAUAAUGCGCUGCAUUUUCUGACAAAGAUGAAUGAAUAUUCUUGAGGAGAAUAAAUUGUUUUUUUAAAGUA